AGAAUCAGUGGCAGCGCACAGUUCCGAUGUAGCCAAUCAGAGGCGUCCUCGCCAGGCGAGCGCGUGACGUCAGAGGCGGGGCGGAGCCCAGUUGUAAUUUUUGGCGCGUUCCUGUGCGGACCGGGAAGAGGACGGGGUGUUGGCCGAGAUUCUUCUACUCAUCUCCGGGGCCGCCCACCCGAUCUGCCAUCACACUUGCUCAUCUCAACUAUUCUCUCGACAGCAUGAAUGUGGAGGAAGACGGCCUGUCUCUACUGGCAUCCCUGCUGGAGGAGAACAAGGCAGCCUUGCCUUGUCAUUCAGAAGAGAAUAACUCCUUGUCUCCCGAGGACGGUGAGCCUGAUGAAUUUGAUGAGCUUUUUGAUGCUGAUGGCGAUGGCGAAUCUUACACAGAGGAGGCCGACAGUGGAGAAGAGGGGAAGAAAGAAAGCCAGGAGGAAAAUUUGGCCACUCUCUUUGGCGAUGUGGGGGACUUAACAGAUGAUGAACUUCCUACUUCGCAAGUUGAGAACAAGGUCCUCCCUGUUCCUGCUCCCAGCCAAGAAAAAACCAAUCAGGAGUUGCAAGAGGAAUUAAAGAAGUUGCAAGAGCAGAUGAAAUCCUUACAGGAGCAGCUAAAGGCAGCAUCGAUUAAACAGCCUCCAAGUAUAGACCUUUUGCACAAAUCACCUGGAGGUGCAUCGCUUCAGCCCCCUCUUAAGGAAAAGAAAGUUCGGAGAAUUCAGGAGUCAGCAUGCUUUUCUGCAGAGCUUGAUGUCCCUGCUUUACCCAGAGCCAAGCGGGUAGCUAGGAUGCCAAAGACUCCUGCAGAGUCAUCUUCAAGGACAAGCACACCCUCACAGCCGCUACAGGUUAUUAACAAUUUUCUAGAGCCCAAAAGCUCUCCAAGACCAAAAAGUGCACCCUCACCACCACAAACUGUUCCUGGAAACAAACCCAGUGGCAUGACUAGAAAUCAGAGCACAGGAACCCCUGGGAAUUCUGAAGAACGGGCCCCACAGGCUCCCCAGGUCGCCGUGGAAGCCUUCUCAGGCCUGCGUCUCAGGCGACCGCGAGUAUCCUCCACAGAAAUGGACAGGAAAAUGAGAGGUCGGAAACUGAUCAGACUGUCUCAGAUCAAGGAGAAGUUGGCAACUGAGAACCUGGAAGAAACGGACUGGGUGACAUUCGGGGUGAUACUGAGAAAAGUCACUCCACAGAGCACUAACAGUGGGAAAACAUUUAGCAUCUGGAAACUAAAUGACCUUCGUGACCUGACGCGGUGUGUGUCCUUGUUCUUGUUUGGAGAAGUCCACAAAGAUCUCUGGAAGACAGAGCAAGGGACUGUCAUAGGACUGCUCAAUGCAAAUCCCAUGAAGCCCAAAGAAGGCUCCGAGGAGGUGUGCUUAUCUAUUGAUCAUCCUCAAAAAGUCUUAAUUAUGGGAGAAGCUAUGGACCUGGGAACCUGUAAAGCCAAGAAGAAGAAUGGAGAGCCGUGUACACAGAUUGUUAAUUUGCAUGACUGCGAAUACUGCCAGUAUCACAUCCAGGCCCAGUACAAGAAGCUUAGUGCAAAGCGGUCCGAUCUGCAGUCGACCUUCUCCGGGGGACGGAUUCCAAAGAGGUUCCGCAAAGGCACCAGCCUGAAAGAGCGGCUGUGCCAAGAUGGUUUCUACUAUGGCGGGGUUUCUUCUGAAUCCUUUGCGGCGUCCAUGGCAGCAGCUGUUGCUCCUAAGAAGAAGGUUCAAACCACUUUGACUAAUCUGGUUGUGAGGGGCACAAACUCCAUCAUCCAGGAAACAAAACAAAAACUUGGAAUUCCCCAGAAGAGCUUGUCUUGCUCCGAGGAGUUCAGGGAAUUGAUGGCCCUGCCCACAUUUGGAGCCAGAAACUUAAAGCAUUUAGCCAAAGCCAAGUCUUCAGGCGUAAUGGGGAGCCCAAAACCUGCCAUCCAGUCAAUCUCCGCAUCAGCCCUCUUGAAGCAGCAAAAGCAACAGAUGCUAGAAAUGCGGAAGAGGAAGUCAGAAGAGAUACAGAAACGAUUCCUUCAGAGCUCAACUGAAGUCCAGAGCCCAGCAGUGCCAUGUUCGUCUCAACAGUCUGCUGCCCAGUCUCCUCGAACUGGGGCCGAGUUGCCCAGGUUGGAAAAAACCACAGCCACACGGAUGCCUAAGCUUGGAAGAGGCAUCUCAGAAGGGGAUGAUGUUCUCUUUUUUGAUGAAUCUCCGCCGCCAAAACCAAAGCUGUGUGCAGCAGCAGAAGCUAAAAAGUUAGCUGCUAUUGCAAAAUUAAGGGCAAAAGGCCAGAUUCUUACAAAAACGGAUCCAAACUGUAUUGUAAGGAAGCAGAUGUGUCCCCAAGAUGUACUGGAAGUGAAGGAGCGUGCAGAGAAGAGCAACAUGGUUUCUCCUGAAGAAGAUGAGCUGGAGCCUGCCAGGAAAAAAAGGAGAGAGCAACUUGCCUACUUAGAAUCAGACGAAUUCCAGAGAAUUCUAAAAGCAAAGUCUAAGCACACAGACAUCCUGAAAGAGGCCGAGGCUGAGCUACAGAAAUCCUAUUUUGAGCCACUAGUGAAAAAAGAACAAAUGGAAGAAAAGAUGAGGAACAUCCGAGAAGUGAAGUGCCGAGUAGUGACGUGCAGGACGUGUGCCUACACCCACUUCAAGCCACUGGAGACCUGCAUCAGCGAACAGCAUAACCUCCACUGGCACGAUGGCAUGAAGAGGUUCUUCAAAUGUCCUUGUGGAAACAGGGCCAUCUCCCUUGACAGGCUCCCAAACAAGCACUGCAGUAAUUGUGGCCUCUACAAGUGGGAACGGGAUGGAAUGCUAAAGGAGAAGACCGGUCCAAAGAUAGGAGGAGAGACGCUGAUGCCGAGAGGUGAAGAGCACGCCAAGUUUCUGAACAGCCUUAACUAACCCUCUGCAGAUGGCUCCUCACAGCCGCCCUUACUUCUUGUGGCUCUGUGUUCUCCUUCUUCCUGAUUGGCACUGUGAGGAAAAAGUGCUUGGUAAGCACCCUGCCUCCUUGCUUCCCAUUGUGUGCGGGGUUGACACCAUGUUAACACUGACAGGCACUGGGAAGUCAGCCUGCCACAGUCUUUGCUGUUCACACUCCAGUGCCUGUCUUACAACAGCCACACAGAUGCUUGCCCCCAAACUGAAAGGUGACCAUGGAACUGUGCUUCUGGGUCUCCUGAUUGGAGACAGAGAAUGAAUAUUUUAAUUUAAAUCACAGUCAAGUUCAGGUGUUAAUGUGGACACCGAGAUACAAAAGAACAAAUUUCGGACGACUGUUGGUGCUUAGUUUCCUUGUGUGUAAACAAAGCCUGGGCUUUGUGUCUGUGGUACCCAGCACUCAGGUUCCGGGUGAAGAAUUUCCUUGCUGCUCAUGCGGUCUGAAUGUGUGACAUUGGAAGCCACCCCCUUUCCUUUUGUUCCACUGUUAUUUCAAGUCACUGGGCCAAUUGUGACUCAGCUCUUUGAUGCUCACAGUGCUGUUGGACUCUGAAGUAGAAAUACCUAAAGGUGGCUUUAUUAAAAUAAAGCAGAUAUACAACCUGAGAAGCUGCAAAGCAUGACUCAGAAACCAGCUGUGCAGACAGAAUUUCAUGGACUUUGGGGGUGGCGGCUAUACUUGAUUAUGUGUGUCAAGAAUCUUAAAGAUCAAAGCCUCUACUUUUCCCCAGGAACUGUAGUUCUUGAGAUCGGACUGGCUAGACAACCAUUUUUCAAAUAAAAUAGUAUUUGACCCGGAUGAGUGCUGGUGCUAUCUAAUGCUAUAGUAAACUGGAAGGAUCGUUACCCUGGAAUCUGAACUCUGACUGGACAAUGUCAAGAGUGUAAUCCUGUGGAAAGUAGUUACGAGGUUUUAAAGCACCAAGGAGACAUGGCUAUCUUUCAAAUGUUUCUGUAUUUACAAGGCUUCAUCGUGGCCUGAGUCUGGAUGCCUUUAUUUUUAAACUUUAAUUUUAAACUUCUAAGUAAUUGGAAACACAGUGGAGCCACUUCCCACUUACACUGAGUAUUGGAAGGCUUGGAUUUGUGUGUGUUGUGUGUGGUUUCCCAGAAUAUUCAGGGGUAAAGAGGAGUAGCGAGAACUGCUCAUGAGCCUCAAAUACUCAUUAAUGGAACUAGUCUUAUAAUCCUGCUUUUUGGUGCUUUUACCAACUAUUAAAUACUUUCAUACAAACUCA